AUGCCGUCGCGUACGCUCCCAACCUUCACGCGCGCCGACGUCGAGACGCACAGCUCGGCCAAGUCCUGCUAUGUCACUGUUGGCGACAACGUCUACGAUGUGACAGAUUUCCUCGAUGCUCACCCGGGCGGCUCUGAUCUCGUCCUCGACUGGGCCGGCAAGGACAUCACACAAAUCCUCAAGGACCCAGACUCCCACGAUCACUCAGAGGCUGCCUAUGAGGUCCUCGAAGACUCCAUUGUUGGCUUCGUAGUUGGAGAAAAAUCAGGGUCGGACGCGAACUUUACAAAUGGCGUCAACGGUGAUGCUCACUUGAAUGGCAACGGCAACGGCAACGGCACUACAAAUGGCGAAUGGGUCCACCCGAGGACGGGCAUGUCAAACGAGGAAGACUUGAGUAAGGAGACGGACUUCACGGAAGACUACAAGAAGCACAAAUUCCUCGAUCUCAGCAAACCGCUCUUCCCUCAGGUAUGGUUUGGAGGCUUCAGCAAGGAGUUCUAUCUCGACCAGGUCCACCGCCCUCGGCACUACAAGGGCGGCCAGUCCGCGCCUUUCUUUGGUAACUUUCUGGAGCCCCUCAGCAAGACGCCCUGGUGGGUUGUUCCGGUGGCUUGGUGGCCUUGCGUGUCCUUCGGCGUCUAUUCGGCCGCCCAGGGUUUCGAGCAUAUCUACAACUUGCCCAUCUUCUUCGUCUUGGGUUUCUUCAUCUGGUCGCUCAUUGAAUACCUGCUUCAUCGUUUCUUGUUCCACCUCGACUACUACCUCCCGGACAACCGAGUCGGUAUUACCCUGCACUUCACCCUGCACGGUGUCCACCACUAUUUGCCGAUGGACAAGUAUCGGCUCGUCAUGCCACCCGCGCUCUUCUUGGUGCUGGUGGCGCCAUUCUGGAAACUCGCACACGCCAUCUUCUUCUGGAACUGGUAUGUUGCCGUGGCUGUAUUCUCGGGCGGCAUGUUCGGUUACACGUGUUACGACAUGACACACUACUUCCUGCAUCACCAGAAUCUGCCGCUCUGGUACAAGCAGCUCAAGAAAUACCACCUCGAGCAUCACUUCCUCGACUACGAGAACGGCUUUGGAGUCACCAGCAAAUUCUGGGACACCGUCUUCGGCACAGAGAUCAGGCAGGCACCGGUCAUGAAGACCAAAUAG